GACGGGGCCAGCGGGAGAAGGAGGAGGAGGAAAAGAGGAGGAAAAAGGGAAAGAGGAGGAGGAGGAGUGCACGGUAUGCGGGGGCGGUGAAGCGCGGGUCGUCCCUCCCGCUCCAGCCACCUCCCUCUGCCUUUCCCGCUCUGCCCCGCCCCGUCCGCGGGGCCGCGAGGGUCGUCCCGGGAGCGGGAAGGCCGAGGAGAAGGAGGAAGAGCCUGUCCGGUGCUGGCCUGGCCUCCAGCGGCUGGCGAGGCCCGUGUCCGAGUGGGACGGAGGCACUCGGGUCUGCCCGUGGCUCUUUCACAGAAUCCCAGGAUUUUUGAUGUUAGAAGGAACCUCUGGAGAUCAUCCAGUCCAACCUCAGCCCAGACAGGGUCAUUUGGAGCAGAUGACACAGGGACGUGUCCAGAUACCCUGUAGCAUGGCAGGUGAAGAAGAUUUCGUUUUGGAAGAAAAAAGAUUCAAGCAGCACUGUGAAGAAUUUGUUAAGCAUUCACAGCAGAUAGGAGAUGGCUGGGAGUGGAGAACUAGCAAGGACCUUGGUGAUGGUUAUCUUAGUAAAACACAUUUCCAGGUAAGAAAUAGACACAUCGCACAAGAUCUCAGGGAGAAAACCAAUGAUAACAUUGAAGAAACGUUACUUGCACAUGUUGAAGAGUCUUUGGAUGAUUCUCAAGUAGCUGGAGUUUGUACAACAGAAGAAGUGAUUCGCUAUGAGUAUCAUGUCUUGUACUCCAGCAGCUACCAAGUACCUGUGCUUUAUUUCAGGGCAUGCUUUUUAGAUGGAAGACCUUUAACUCUGGAGGAAAUAUGGGGAAGUGUUCAUGCAUGUUACCAGGAUCGUCUGCAGGAGGGGCCCUGGGACACCAUCACACAGCAGGAGCACCCCAUCCUUGGGCAGCCUUUUUUUGUUCUGCACCCCUGCAGAACUAAUGAAUUCAUCUCCACUGUGCUGACUGGCCCAUGGAAACACAACAGGCACAAAAAUUACAUUAUUCUGUGGCUCAGUACUGUAGGCCCAGUUGUGGGUCUCAGUGUGCCUCUGAGUUAUGCAAAAGUAGCACCUGAGCAGAAUUCAAGCACUGAUUCAGCUGAAAGCUCUUCGGCCAGUUCACUUCCAGGACUCACCUUCCAGUAUUUUGCUUACCUUCCUUAUUUUGCAAUGAGAAUUUGUGCUGAGAGAGAGGUGCUUGGACAUUGCUGACAUCCUCCGUGAAUGCCAGGAGGCCCCUGAUGUCCUGUGGUCUUCCUCAGAGCUCUGAACUGAAGGACAGGUGAUGGUGAGCUGCUGCAGGCUCCCCUCGGGGCG